AUCCUCCAUCAACCAGAGUGGGAAAGAACAGUUGAAAUCACCGUCACCUCCGUCGUCAUCAACUCAUCACCAACAGCUUUUGCAAUCAAUUUCAUCUUUCGAUAAGAUUCAGCAUCAAUGAGGAAUGAUAAUAUUCAAAAUUUCUAUACGAACUGGGAGCACAAUGGCGGCUUCGAUCAUCAUUAUACCGAAUCUCCCAAUGUCUCUGUUUCUGCAACACUCGAAGGAAGCAGCAACAAUGGAGGAUUCGAGUAUCAAACUGAUUCCAACAAUCGCAAUCUCAAUCUCCAUCCACAGGGAGGAAGUCCAAUUGGUUUGAAUUUAAGGAAGUCGAAUUCUCUAAUCAAUUUGGUAGAAAUGACGCUAUCUCAAGAAAGGGAAUUACACAAGAACUCAUCAUCUAAUUCUAACCCAACUCCUGAGAAGUUGAAGGCUUCAAAUUUCCCUGCUCUUCUUUUACAGAUUGGUUCUUGGAAGAGAGUUUCAAGAAAUGAAGGAGAUUUAGUUACCAAAAUUUAUUAUGCAAAGAAAAAACUAGUUUGGGAGUUUCUAGAUGGGCCUUUAAAGAGCAAGAUUGAAAUACAAUGGUCAGAAAUAUCAGCAAUUAGAGCCUUAAUAUAUGAAGGCCAGCCAGGACAUCUAGAAGUCGAGAUAAACCAACCACCGCAAUUCGGCCGAGAGAUUAACCCCCAACCACGAAAGCAUACACAAUGGAAACAAUCUACGGAUUUUACAGGAGGUCAAUCAUCUAUUUGCAGGCGUCAUUCAAUUGUAUUUGCUCCGGGAGUCCUUGAUAAGCAAUAUGAGAAGCUUCUUCAAUAUGACAAUCGACUAUUCAACUUAAGCCAACAACCUUUCCCAGUAAACAACUACUCAUUUUUCUACAGUGACCCAAAUCACUAUGUGGAUUACUCAUACAUGGAUCCACAUCAUCGACCAACCAAUCAUUUUCUUAGAGAUCAUGCUCCCAUUUUACCAAAUUUAGAUGAAGGAACAUUAAGACAUGUAGAUGAGUAUCAAGAUAGAGUACAUAUUCAAUUUGAAGGGAAUCCCACCAUUCCUAUUGGAAUGCAAAAACAUUUCCUACCAUAUUAUGAGCAGGAAACCAUUAUCCCGAUUCAAGAACCAGGAAUGAAAAUGUUGUCGGAAGAAAGUGAUUACAUAAACAAUAGGAUUCCAGGGUUACAUGUUAAUUCCAGAAUUAGUAUCCAAGAAUCUAAUUAUCGGAUAAGUGUUCCAAAUCCAUAUGGAGAUUCAUGGGAGACUGGAACAGAGAACUUUGGAUGCUCAAAUGGGUACCAACAAUUUAAUCCGAAUUGGACAUAAAACGAUCAGUUGUAUUUUUAAUUUGGAAAUAUAGAUAAACAGAGAGCGACAUUAGAUUCACACUUUAACCUCAUGAGAACGAGGACUGUGUGUAAGUGAGUGUGAGUGUGUGUUUUUUUUUUGUAAUAAAC